AUGGCGAAUCCCGAGGCCCCUACUUCCCGUCCCUCCAUUACCCGAUGCGAUGCAACGGAUCCAUCAACCACAACAGAGAAGCUCGUCGAGAUCAUCAACCGUGAUGGCGGCGUGAUAGUAGAAAAGUUCAUCAAUCUCCAACUCGCUGCAGAGAUCAAGCGAGACCUGAAGCCGUACUUUGACGAAGACAUCCCAGACAAGUACGGCUUCUUUCCAGCAACGACGCAGAGAGCAUCCGGUCUGCUGGGAAUAUCAGACGCCUGUGUAGAGCUCGCAUGCAACCGCUUGUAUACUGAUGUCGCGAAUGCUCUGGUCUCUUCCUCGUUCACCUUCUGGAGGGGCGACAAACAGAAGACUGUCAGCGGGAAGCCCAUCAUCUCUUCGACAGUAGGAUUCCGGCUGCCCGUCCUGAUUGGUUGCGUCACCGCCUUGACGAAAACAACAGCAGCAAAUGGCGCGACUGUCGUGAUUCCGGGCUCGCACCUCUGGGGUCCCGAACGUCGUCCGCUCGACAAGGAGACUAUUCCAGCGGAACUUGAACCCGGCGACGCCUUGAUCUUCCUCGGAAACCUGUACCAUGCGGGCGGAGGGAAUGUUACCACGGACGAAUAUCGAGAGACUGUUGGUAUCUUCCUGUGUCAGCCGACACUACGUCCUGCAGAGAAUCAGUUCCUCAUGGUACCGUUUGAGCGAGUGAAGAAAAUGAAGCCCCAGGCACAACGUCUUCUGGGGUAUGGUCUAUGCGAGCCGGGUGUUGGGUUCAUGAAGUACCAGGACCCAAUGCGAGUGCUUUUCGGUGUCGAGGACGAAGAGACGGUCGAUUUCUAG